AUGGCUUUUGCUAGUGGUUUGGUACCUGGAUCCGAGACUGACAAAAGACAGAGGUACAUAGCUGUGUCCGAGUGUCAAGAAACAAUAGCACACAAGCGUACCCGGAAUGAGGUAUCACUUGUGGAUGGAGAUGAAAAAACAUCCAAGGCGCCAUUUGCACGUCUAGCCAACUACGGCUCGUUGUGGAGAAACACCGACGCGGAGAGUCAUACAUCGAUCGACCACACAGCGGGAGGCUCGCUACUGGGGGCCAAGGAAUUCACCAUUACUAUGGUUCAUAUUCCAUAUCACUACCAUUGCCGGAUGAAUCUCAUAGAACCCGUGAGGGUGCCAGAACAGCUUUCCAAAGCUAGUCGCCAACGAAUUAUUUCAUCAAUUGCGGAACUAGAAUGCAAGAUUUAUGCGAACGACAUCUAUUUGGCUGAUCUAUAUCCCCGGAACGUCAUAGUGAUUGAUCAUGAUAGCCCAGAUCCCUCUGUUGUAUUUGUCGACUUUGAUGAUACAUUAUUCCAGCGGGCGAAGGAUGAUAAUAAAUUAUGGGAUGUGUCUGAGCGAUGUCUUGGGCAGUAUAAAUCCCCUCUGUUACGUUGGAAAGCUCGUCCGGCGAACUUUGUAGAAUGGGUAGACUGGGGCUGGGAUUCAUGGCUACAGGAGGAGUUUGCUUGGACAGAAAGCUCAAUCACGCCAGAAAUACGGGAGGUCUUUACAUUUGACUAG